GUACAAGAUUGGGGAGGGAUUUCAGAGUUAGUCAAUUUAGGGAGGGGCGGCGUCGAUAAAUGACGGGCAGUUAGGGUUAUAACUUUGAAGGAAGGCCACUAGAUUCUGUGAGUGCAGAAAGAAUGGAGACUUCAUUGCGAUAUGGUGGAGACUCCAAAGGUUUAAAAAUCCAUGCCAAGCAGAAGCUUCCACUCCCAAUGGUCUCCAAUGCCUUUUUGCAGGUUCAUGGAGAGCUAGAUACAACAAUUGGAGAACCAAGUUAUCUUUGUGUUAUGAUGAGAUGCUUCUACCCUGAUAUAUUAGCAAGUCUUGGCGUAGGAUACCAUCAUGAUAAACUUGUGAAACUGCCCCUUAGCAUCCGUGGCAAAAAGGCUUUUGAGGUGAUUAAUCGUGAUAAUAGUGCAGUAAGCUUCAAUAUCAAGGGAAGAUGUCAUCUUGACAAGCAAUUUAAAAAGAGGAAACCAAGAGGAGCUGCAGAAUUUUCAUGGAGCAUAUUGAAUUUCCAGAAAGACCAAGAUGUUAGACUCAAAAUUGGCUAUGAAGUAUUUGACAAGGUUCCGUAUCUGCAGAUUAGGGAAAACAAUUGGACAUUCAAUGCUGACAUGAAUGGGAAAUGGAAUGUAAAAUUUGAUUUGUGAAGAAACCUUACUGUUGACAUGUUUCAGAAGUCAGACAUGUAAUUGUGGUUUGUGGAUACCAUAUUCAGUUCUCUGUGGAGUCUGAUUAUGGAACUCCAUUUUCAAUGACAUGUAUGAGAUCUUUGGUCUCAAACCUUAGAUUGAACAUAAAGGAAUGUUCGUUGCGUUGGUAUCAUUAAUUUUCAGUUAUUUGUAGUUUGAACCUAUUGUGAUAAUGGAAAUUACAUGGUACAACAGCUAAGCCAGGAAAUCAAAUGCCGUUAGUUUC